AUGGUAACCUACCCAUCAAUCCGAUGCAUCUUCUUUGUGGCUCUCUUCAGUAUUUUCACCUUUAAUGUUUUGAUUUCAAGUGCUGCUUCAAGUCAUGGAGAAGUUGAGGAUGAACACGAGUUUAACUACAAAGAGAACGAUGAGAAGGGGCCAGAGAGGUGGGGAGAACUCAAACCGGAAUGGGAAAUGUGUGGAAAAGGAGAGAUGCAAUCUCCCAUUGAUCUUAUGAACGAGAGAGUUAACAUCGUUUCUCAUCUUGGAAGGCUUAAUCGAGACUAUGAACCUUCCAAUGCCACUCUUAAGAACAGAGGCCAUGACAUUAUGAUAAAAUUUGAAGAUGGAGCAGGAAAUAUUAAGAUCAAUGGCUUUGAAUAUGAACUCCAACAGCUUCACUGGCACUCUCCGUCAGAGCAUACAAUCAAUGGAAGAAGGUUAGCACUUGAGCUGCAUAUGGUUCACGAAGGCAAGAAUGGGAGAAUGGCUGUUGUGACAGUGUUGUACAAGAUUGGAAGAGCAGAUACUUUUAUCAGAUCGUUGGAGAAUGAACUAGAGGGCAUAGCUGAAAUGGAAGAGGCAGAGAAAAAUGUAGGGAUGAUAGAUCCCACCAAAAUCAAGAUCGGAAGCAGGAAAUAUUACAGAUACACCGGUUCACUUACCACUCCUCCUUGCACUCAGAACAUUACUUGGACCGUCGUUAGAAAGAUUAGGACUGUGACAAGAAAACAAGUGAAGCUUCUCCGCGUGGCUGUGCAUGAUGAUUCAAAUUCGAAUGCGAGACCUGUUCAACCAACCAACAAGCGCACGGUGCACAUGUACAGACCGAGAGUUUGAUAUGAUGAU